AUGUUUUUUAUUCUUACAGCUGUUAUACUAUUUCUGCGAUUGUCGUUGGCAUUCUUUCCUAGCUCUGAGCGCCGGUUUCUACAUAAUGGAAAGGUUGGAAAGGUAGCAACAGCAGAUUUCUGGUUUCCAAAUGAGCAGGUACCUUCGGUAAGAGUUGGGCGGGAAUUUUCUUUUGGGGACGAUUCAGCUGAUGCUGUCAAACAGGCUGCAGAUGAUGUGUUGGAUCCUACAUAUGUGCAUCUUAGUCCUGCUAUAACGAUUCUAACCAGGGAUUCCAAUUCGCACGCUUAUAUAGUCAAUGUGACCAUCAGUGAUGAAGAAUAUUCACUGAUUUUGGACACUGGAUCUGCUUUUCCUUGGGUUUACGGUGACAGUUGUAGUUUGCGGGCAUGCGAAGGGCGUAAAUUGUACCCGACUGGUGGCAAGCAAACAGUAAAUGGGUCAACAUUUCGAUUAGAUUAUCCAUAUGGAAUCACAUCAGGAGCUAUCUUCCAAGAUAGUUUUAUUAUAAACAAUUUGAACACAUCGGAAACCUUUGCAUUUGGGGUAGCCACUUCUGUUCCUCAAAUGUUUGAGAAUUAUCCAGUUAGCGGUAUUCUAGGUCUCCCAGCAAACUCACCAGGAACUGUCGAACCGGCACUCUCUGUUUUAUACAGAUCUAAAUCUAUCAGAUCACAGAAAUUCACGCUGUAUUUGGAUCAUAUUGAAUCUGAGAAUACGACUUUGAAUGCCAAUAGUGGGUUAUUUGCUAUUGGAGAACCAAUCACUGAACUAUACAAAGGCGAUAUUUAUUAUAGUGAACUUGUUGUCAAUCCUAAUAAUUAUUGGCUUAUUGCAAUUGACCGGAUCUUUUGCAAUUCAACUCUAGUCACAUUCCAAAACCCUGAAAACUUUACCGGUGCUCAAUCACGCUCGAAAAGAUCUGGAAUUAUCGACAGCGGCUCAACCUUUUUAGUCUUACCGAAAGUUGACGCACUAGACAUACACUCUUACCUUCCAGGUUCCAUUACUGAUGGAAACUACUUUGCAGUGUUUUGUAAUUCCACAGUCGAUCUCACUUUUGAACUUGGCAACAAGAACUGGACAAUCCCUGCUAGCAGCUAUUUGGGAGAACCCUACCAAGAAGGUUCCAAAUAUUACGGCUAUUGUGUUUCAAAUAUAGAGGGUCAGGCGAUCCAUUCAUCUUGGAUACUGGGAGACGUCUUUAUUAAAAACUUUUAUACUGUUUUUGACAUGGAUAAUCAACAAGUUGGAUUUGCCUUAAAAAAUUCUAAUGUCAAUUUGGUGCAAAAUUCCAACAUUAGUACGAAUACCCUUGAAGCUACACCCCUUUCUUCUACUACGAUAUCGUCUAGCCAUUCUACCUCGAAGUCUGAGGGAACAUUCCCACUCAAACUGCAUAAUUAUUUAUACUAUUUGGUCAUCUACUUCUCGUUAUGGCUUUAA